AACGCCAAAACUACUUUCGAUUCAUCGAAACGCAGAACAAAGUUUUUAUUUUUUUCCCAGAAUCCGAGAAGCUUCUGCUGCCGUCCUGCUAUUGUAGCGGUGGCGGUGGCGGUGGCGCGGCGGCGUCUUUCUGAUUGAGUCUCCCAUCGUUCCUUCCCGAUUCGUAACCCUAAUUUCAAUUUCUGUUCAUAAUCACGAUUUAAUUCGACAGAGAAUACAGAUUUCUAGAAAAGAGAGAUAUAAGAGAUCUGAUCUACGUUGCUAGGGCGUAGUAUAGUGGGGGACAUGAUGGGAUUCUUGACGUCUUCGUUGGGCUUCUGAUCCACUGGUUUCAUUAUUCUUUAAUCUUCUCGAGACAUAGGGGCCCCUUUUCAUUGAAGAAAUUACACACACACACAGACACAGAGGGAGAUUAAUAUAUGCUUAAUAUUUGUACGUGGGCGUGGUUGUGUUUUGUACAAGGGAGACAUCGAAACGUGAAAAAGGGCUUAUUAAACUUGGGAUCUGGCUCGUCAAAUUUGGGAUUAGAUUGAGGUACCAGAAGAGUUUGGGGCAUUCAAUUAUUACACUGUUGGUGGGAGGGAAAUGUCAUUUGCCUCUAUUUUGAGAGAUCUUAAGGGGAAGAGAGGCAAAGAUAGCAAACUAAAGCAGCCAAUUGAGCAUCGAAAAUGUGAGGUAGACGAUAGAAAUUCUGAUGCUACUUGUGAGGAAUAUUCGUCGUCAUCGUCUUCAUAUUCAUCAGUGCAAGAUAGUCCAUGGGCGGGGUUGCCCCCGGAGUUACUUCUUGAUAUUAUUAGUCGAAUAGAGGCGAGUGAGACUACAUGGCCAGCCCGGAGGGCUGCAGUUUUUUGUGCAGCAGUUUGCAAGUCAUGGAGAGAAAUUACUAAAGAUGUCAUUAGGACACCGGAGGAAUGCGGUUUAUUGACUUUUCCUUCGUCGUUGAAGCAGCCAGGGCCGAGGGAUUCGUCAAUUCAGUGUUUUAUCCGUAGGGAUAGAGCCACAUCGACGUACAGAUUAUAUCUUGGAUUAAGCCCCUCUCUUUCAGGAGAGGCAAGUAAAUUGCUGUUAGCGGCGAAGAGGAUCCGAAGAACUACAAGAACAGAAUUCUCGAUAUCUUUUGCAGCAAACGAUUUUUCUCAAUCCAGCUACAACUAUGCUGGAAAAUUGAGGUCGAAUUUCUUCGGAUCCAAGUUCUACAUUCACGACUGUCAGCCUCCGCCAAGCUCCGCCAUUCAAUCCCAUGACUGCUCGCGGAACAGAAUUUCAUCAAAGAAAGUGUCGCCAAGACUGCCUAUUUGCAACUACAAAGUGGCGAGUAUAGCCUACGAACUCAACGUUCUUCGCACAAGAGGUCCAAGAAGAAUGCAAUGCACUAUGCACACAGUUCCUGCUUCGGCAAUUGAAGAAGGCGGAACAGCUCCUACUCCUCCAACAUUCAGCUAUGGAUUUGAUGAAAUUCUUUACCCCGCGACAGAUCCUGGAGCUACACCAAAGGAAUCUCCAUUCAGUUCAAUGCUUCAAUCCAGAUCAAAAGAACCAUCUCCCAAUGUGGCGAGCGAACCAUUGAUUUUGAAAAAUAAAACUCCAAGAUGGCACGAGCAGCUGCAGUGCUGGUGCCUAAACUUCAGAGGCCGAGUUACGGUUGCAUCUGUCAAGAACUUUCAGCUUGUGGCUGCAGUCAAUCCCUCGCAGAAUGUUCCAGCUUCAGAACAAGAUAAAGUGAUCUUACAAUUCGGGAAGAUUGGGAAAGACAUAUUUACCAUGGACUAUCGAUAUCCACUUUCAGCUUUCCAGGCAUUCGCUAUCUGUUUGAGCAGCUUCGAUACAAAGCCUGCUUGCGAAUAAUCGGCCGUUUUGAUUCUCUCCAUGGGAAGUGUUCUGUAAUCUUAAACAAGAAGUUGUGUGCAUACAUUUUUCCUUUUGUGACUUUUUCCUAUUUCUCAGGUGGAAUAUAAUCUGUACUACCAUCACUCUUGAGAAAGUUAAGUUCUAUUAAUAAGAUGCAAUGUUUAUAUACA